AUGGCGUCAAAAAGAAAGAGAAGUAGCAACGGCGAGUCAGACACACCCUCGCUGUUGAAGGAGGACGAUGGCCCGGCAUUCGCUCGUCUGGAUGCCCCUUUCCCUCGCGGGGGUGGUGCCGCAGCUACGCCAUUGGAUAUCAAGCGAGCCAAUGCAGAGGCUACUCGCGAUGUGUACAAUCAAAUGAGCAAGUCUUCAGGCUCGAAAAGUAAAAAGUCCAAGAAGGCUGCCGCUCUUGCCGCCAGUAAAUCAAUGGAAAUGGCUAAGCCCAAAAUCGAGCCCCUGCUGUUCAACCGUAUCAAAGUGGGUACCCUGCUCCUUGGCCAGGUGUCCGAGAUCAAGCCCUUCGGUUUGGUUAUUUCGCUUCCUUCAAAUCUCGUUGGAUUCGUCGAACUUGAGGAAGUAGAGGAAAUCCAAGACGACCCUGCGACCUAUUACAAGGAGGGACAAUGGCUCCGGGCGGUGGUCACAGGCCUUGGUGAGGCCCCUCGAAAGCGCAUUGAAUUGAGCAUUUCGCCAGAUCUGGUUAACCAGACCAUUGGCGAGGAUGAUUUCUUGAUCCCGAGUGCUUCCAUCCAAGCUACUGUAAAAUCCUUGGAGGAUCAUGGUGCGAUCCUGUCCCUUGGUGAGAACAGCAAGCUGUCUGCUUUCUUGCCCAACAAGCACCAGCUUGAACCUUUGAGUGCAGGUCAGAUAGUCUUGACUUCUCUCGUAAAGGCCAAAAACAACCUGCUAACCGUUUCUACAAAACCCACGGCCCCGUUGGCUACCAUCCACCAACAAGCUGCGCUUGUUCCUGGCAGUCUUGUGGAAGUUCUGGUUAGCGAGGUCUUAUCCUCAGGAUGCGUUUGCUCUAUAUUCGGUCAUAUCAACAUUUCCGCCGAUGUGAUCCACUCUCAGUUGCAUGUCGAUCCACCUGUAGUGGGUGACAAGGUUAAUGCUCGUAUUGUUUUCAGCCAUCCUUCGGACAACAUUGGAGAGUCUGACAGAACCUUAGGGCUGUCUCUUCUCCCCAAUAUCGUUGAAUUGCUCAAACCUGCAGACUCUAGCGCUUUUCUCUCUGGACAGAUUCUUGAUGCAGCCAAAGUGGUGGCCGUUGAUCCCACAGUGGGCCUCUUUCUUGAUAUUGGGCUGGAACGCCCUGCUUUUGCACAUAUCUCCAGGUUGUCGGAUGAUCGGAUCGAGGAUCUGAGCGUGGAGUCUAGCUACAAAGUUGGUACCGUACACAAGGCCCGCAUCCUCAGCUAUUCAUUGGCAGACGAUAUUUAUUAUCUUUCACUCGAGCCCAAGAUCCUCAACCAGCGGUUCUUGCGUUUGGAACAAGUACCAGUUGGAGAAGUCAUCGAUGACGCCAAGGUGGAGCGCAUCCUCCCCAAGGGCGCAGUGAUUAUCUCUCUUGGUGACGGGAUUAGCGGGUUGGCAUCAGAAUUCCAUCUGAGUGAUAUCAAGCUGUCUCAGCCUGAGCGUAAGUUUAAGCCCGGCCAAAAAGUGACCGUGAGAGUGCUUGCCGUCGACAAGGCCCACCAUCGUAUUAAGCUCACUGUCAAAAAGUCUUUAAUCAACAGCGAGACACCAAUUUUAUCAGAUCUUGCAGACAUCAAAAUUGGUGAUACGUCUACUGGAACGCUCAUCGCUUUCAGGGACAAUGGUGCAAUCGUAGAGUUUGGAGGUGAUGUGAAAGGGUUUCUGCCACUCGGAGAGAUGAGCGAGGCGACCAUUUCUAACCCCAAGGAACAUUUCCGUCUUGGGCAGAGCCUUACUGUUCGCAUCUUGGAUGUUGAUUCAUCUCGUAGCCGGCUCGUCCUUUCUUGCCGUAAGUUUACUGGCGGCAACACUUCUACAAGCACUCCUGGCGAGGUCUUGAGUGGGAUUGUCUCUGAAAAAACAAAGGACUCUAUCGUUUUGGAACUUGUUACUGGCGAAAAAGCCAUUCUUGCUUUCACACAGUUGGUCGAUGAUUCUACAAAGGUUAAAAGUGAGUCUAAGAGAAUUAAAGUUGGCUCAAAACUAGAUGUGGUCAUCCUCAGUCAAUCUUCCAAGGGCACGGUAGUUUCGUUGAAGCCCUCCCUGGUCGAAGCCGCCACUGCGGGCUCUCUCGCCAUGUCGCUGGAUGAUCUAGAGGUUGGCAAAAAGUACGCGGGCUUCGUCAGCGGCAUCAACGAGGAAGUUGGUAUUUUCGUUACGUUUGCGAACAAGCUUGUUGGGUUGGUUCCCAAGAUUGAGGUCCAGCAACAGGUGCUCAGUGUGGGCCAGUCUGUUUCUCCCCGUGUACUGAAAAUCGACAGGGAUAAUAACAGGUUUUUGCUUACUUUCAAAGAGACUCAUUCAAUUGGGGAAGAAGCUGUCAACGUUGCUCCUGGAACUGUUGUCACUGCUGUGAUCAAAGCUAUCAAGGAGACGCAACUAAAUGUUCAGGUUGGUAAUCGUCAGGGCCGCAUUGACGUUUCACAGUUAUUCGAUGAUAUUAGCGAGAUUGAUGAUGUGCGUAAUCCGUUGUCCCAAUUUUCCAAAGAUCAAACCAUCACGGCAAAGAUUGUCGGCUCGCAUGAUGCUAGAACACAUAUGUUCCUACCGAUUUCGCAUCGCACAGGAUCUCACGUUGUUUUGGAGCUUUCCGCCAAAAGCUCGAUCGUGAAUGGAACCACCAAGCCAAUUACUGUGGAAGCACUGAAUCGUGGUGAUACAUGCUUAGUUUUUAUCAACAAUAUCACCGAGGACGCCGUUUGGGCUAACGUUACACCGAGCAUCCGUACAAAGAUUUCAAUGUUGGAUCUGACCAGCGAUGAAGACAGCUUGAACAAUAUUUCGAACUCGUUUUCGGUGGGUCAAGCAUUGGAGUGCAAGGUUGUCUCAAAUACCCCCCAGUUGGUUCUGACUUGUCUCGACAAUCAAGAAAGCAGCUUGGUUCUUGUUCAUCGUGUUACACCAACUCGUUUGUUUGUACGUCUUUCAGGGUUCAGAAAUGGUAUCGUAUCUGCUACAGAGUCCGGUGAUACCUUUAAGCCCCUCGAAACCUUCAAAGAAGGAACCAUUCUAAAAAGCAAAAAGAUUGUUACCGACGAUGAUGGCAAAAUUUGGGUUUCCCUUAGGGAUACUCCCUCCCUAGAGGAUUCUUCGGAAGUCAAUGAGGGCGAUUUGCUCCAGGGUUAUAUCAAGAACAUUAGUGACGGUGGUGUCUUUAUUGAACUUGCACGUAACGUGGUUGGUCGAGUCCAGAUUUCUCAGCUCUCUGACUCUUACCUCAAGGAUUGGAAAAAGCACUUUAAGAUUGGCCAAAUCGUGAAGGGCAAAGUCAUCUCUAAAAAGAACGGUCGAAUUGAACUUUCCCUGAAAGAUAGCACUGUCAGCGGCAAAGCUAUCAGCCAGCCGGGCCUGGAUAGCCUAGAAGUUGGUUCUGUUACCGAUGGUACCGUUAGAAAAGUGCAAGAGUAUGGCGUUUUCAUUACAAUCGGCCAAACAGGACUUUCUGGGCUUUGCCACCGAUCUGAGGUUGCAGACAGACCUAUUGCAGAUCUUAAGGCUAUUUUCAGUGAAGGAGAUAAAGUCAAGGUGAAAGUGCUGAAUGUCGACUUGGAUAAGCGCAAAGUUUCGUUAGGAAUGAAGGCAUCAUAUUUUGAUGAUGAGGACGAAGUUGAUGCGCAAAUGGCGGACACCGGAGACAGUGCGGAUGAAGACAUGGCAGACGUCCGCGACAUCGACGACGAUUCUGACGAGAUCAACCUUGGUUCCGACGACGAUUCCGAUGAAGAGAGUGGAGAUGAUGACGCUAGUGACGAAGAAACUGAAGAACCUGGAUUGAGUGUUGGUUUCGACUGGUCCGGGGAUAUCUUGAACCAGCAAGCACAGAGCGAAGACGAAAGCGAGAGCAGUGAUGAUGAUGCACCCCGGCGAAAACGCAAGAAGGUCGAGUUUGUGGAAGAUCAAACUGCCAAGCUAAACUCUCGUCUUCCUCAAAAUUCCAAAGACUUUGAGCGCUUGUUGGUCUCUGAACCCAACAGCUCUGUGUUGUGGAUGAACUACAUGGCAUUCCAGUUGCAGCUCAGUGAAAUUGAUACAGCGCGGCAGAUCGCUCGCCGUGCUUUAAAAACAAUUGCUCAGCGGGAAGAGGAUGAGAAAUUCAACAUCUGGAUUGCAUUGUUGAACCUUGAAAACAGUUUCGGUACCCCUGAGACUGUCCAGGAUGUGUUCCGUGAAGCUUGUCAGUAUAUGGAUUCACGCUUGAUUCACCUCCGAAUGGCUGCAAUUUACGCUGCGAGCGAGGAUAAGCUAGAAGACGCUAAGCGUGUUUAUAACGCCGCUUGCAAGCGCUUUGGAUCUGAGGAUGUCCAAGUUUGGGCUGAAUAUCUCCGCUUUUUAUUCGCCAAUAGAAUUGCCGAGGAAGCGCGAUCUGUUCUGGAUCGGGCACUUCGUCAGCUUCCAAGGCGUGAGCAUAAGGACAUUUCACUACAAGUGGCCAAGCAUGAAUUCCAGGAAGGAGAUGCGGAGCGUGGUCGCACACUGUUCGAAGGACUGGUGACAAGCUAUCCUAAAAAGAUUGAUUUAUGGAGUGUUUACAUUGACCAGGAAACGAAGCAUGACCCAACGAGCCGUAAGCUCAUUGAGAAUCUUUACGAGCGUGUGUUCGAGAGAAAGCUCUCGAUGAAGCAGGCCAAGUUCUUCUUCAAGAAAUGGCUUUCAUUUGAAGUUGAACACGGUGAUCAGCGUGGUGCCGAUUAUGUCAAGGCUAAGGCUGCGAAAUUUGUGCAACAGGAAAAUAUAUAA